AUGGGUGAAUGGGAACUGGUGGACAUCACCGCGCAGAAACUAGUGAAUAAUGAUGAGUCGGGUUUUUAUACAGACAUGCUUGCAUUUUAUGUCCGAGUGCGGCGCCGUGCCACCAUGUACGUGGUGAAUCUUCUGCUCCCCAGCUGCUUCCUCAUCACGUUGGACCUCUUCAGCUUCCUGCUGCCUCCUGAGAGCACAGAUAGGUCCUCCUUCAAGAUGACCCUCAUCCUGGGCUACACCGUCUUCCUGCUCAUCAUGAACGACCUGCUGCCAGUCACUGGAAACACCAUACCUCUGAUAAAUGUCUUCUUCUCUCUCUGCCUGGCUCUGAUGGUGGCCAGUCUGCUGGAGACCAUCCUCAUCACCAACCUGCUGAGCAACUCGCCUGACUUCUCUCCCGUCCCUCGAUGGAUUCGGAUUCUCGUUCUGAAUUGUCUCGGCUGUCUCGUUUGCAUGCCGCGAAAAGCUGAGAAGCCCAAAAAUUCAGACAAGAGGACGAUGUCAGUGGUCGCAGAAAUGAAAGCCGAUGAAGGAGCAGGAACAGAAGGACCAGCUGAGGAAGACGAGGCCCUGAUGGAGCUGAAGAGCCUGAGCCGCGUCCUGCAGGCCAUCCGCUGUGAGGUGGAGCAGCAGCAGAACGGGAAGCAGAGCUCUGAGGAAUGGAUCCAGGUGGGUUUCAUCAUUGACCGCCUGCUGUUUGGCCUCUACAUCGCCUUCAUAUCAGUCAGCUUCUUCACCAUCAUCAUCGUCUGGAUUAAAUCAUACAAGCAGUAGACCGCUGCAUGUUGGAGACCUGCAGUUAUUCAGAAUGUGCUUGCAGAAUUUUGUAAUUUCUUUUAAAAGAACAAUAAACAUUGAUUCAUUUUGGCAACAAUCUGUAGGGAAUUUAUAUCUUAUGCAAUUGUUUAGAAAUGACACAGUUCACAUUAGUUUGUUGUGCUUUAAAUGCUUUCAUGUAAUUCUGUCCU